AUGUCGGGUAUAGCAUUGCAUGACAAAGUGAGGAAAAGAGGAGGCGACCCUGCAUUCAUUUUGCAAUUGCAGCGUGGUGUGUGCCAGAGGUGGUUUCGGAUUGCUCUCGCGACUGACCAAUCAAUCGGUGCAGUCCCAAAGACCCACGCAAGCUUGAGAGGUGCAGGAAGUAUCGCAUUACUAGAGGAGGCAAAAGGGAGUACGCACUCCACUAGUGCGGUCGCUAAUAAUGGCUUAUGGCCUGAAUGUGACAGGAAGGUCCCUUUAUUUCUCCUUUUUCCUCUGUUCCUCGCUUUCUUCCUUAUCUUUAGGAUACUGGCUGUAGUCGCCCGGCCAGGGCGUUGGGAAUAA